CCUUGCUUUUUCCUUCAUGUCGUCCGUGGUUUACGUGUCCUUGGCCAGAUGAAAAAUGAGACGGCAUCUUUUCAUUUCGCUUUAUUCGUUUUAAUCGUUUCAAAACAUAGAUUUUUCGAGCGCAUCACCAGACUGAAAGAUGCAUGAGAAAAGUGAUCCUCCUUUCUUUCUCUCUUUUUUUUUCCCUUUCCCUUUUUCUUCUUUUUUUGAGGAUAAUUAUGCUCCCACUUUCCCCCAUGUUCGUCCCUGGUAUCAUUUCCUUUCUGUCCAUUUUCCGCUCUCCUCACUCUCAUACCAUUCUCACCUCUCGCCUCUGGAAGGAUGGGGUGAUGACACGGUUUUGCUCUCCUUGAUCCUUGUUUACUCUGCUUUUCGUUCUUUUUACAAUUUCUUUUUUUGUCUUUUCUUUCCUUUCCUUUUCUUUUCUUUUCCUCUCCUUGUUACUCUAGCUAUUCAGCCCCAGAUGACGUGUAAACGAUUUUUCUUAUUGUGCCAUGAUUGACGGAGGACCACUCAAUGCCCGGGCAGCCUACCGCCGUCCUGGGCAAGGAGGGUUAACGGCACGGCGAAAACACGGUUCUUUCUUU